AUGAGUAAAUCAUCAUCGCUGCACAAUAACGACCGCUUUUUGACUCUCUCAGGACAGCUAUCUUUGUCCGACAAUGUCUCUGCAUACACGAUCGAAAAUGGAGCCAGGAUCAGCAUCAAAACGACCUCUGGCAACGACGAUCGGGAGCCCGUCAACCCAGCAAAAAAGGAAGACUAUCCUGAUGUCAAGUUUUGGACACAUCAAGAUUUCAAACGAUGGGAACGGACAGAUGGACUGUGUGCAGCAGCAGAUCAAGGCUCACUUCCUUUCCUAGAAAAGUGUGAUGGCAAUGUCUUCUCCCCUAAUGAGCUCCGUGACGUCAUGAAAACUUUCCGCUCAGUAUGGUUUGGACUUACUCAUCAAGACAAGGCUCCGGCAUCCUGGGGGAAAGCAAUUCCUGCAGCGAAAAACUGGCUAUACACUGAAGUUUCACGCGCUGUAACGAGACAACAAUUGCUGAACACUACACGAAACAAGUGUGUUCGACCCAAGAGUCCGAGCGCGGGAAACAAAGUCCGAAGGUAUAAUCACGAGUCCAACGCCAAAGCGUCGGGUCCUAUGUUUUUCGGGUUUAGCGGACUAGCGGGUUUCGGGUGCGGGUUCAGCGGACUACGGAGAAUAAUGACAACGAAUGUCGGGAAAGCGAGCGGUCAGUCCAAUAUAUAUGUGAAAGUAGUGGUGGAGUAUUUCAGAUCCAAAGUACAUGUAAACAAACAUGAGGCACUGCGGACUAUGGGAAAACAUGUAAUAGCGCUUGCUAUGACUGGGGCUAGCAAGACAGGACAGGACACGGAUAGGACAAGUGCACAGGAAAAUAUCGGGUCCGAUGCGUGGGAAACGUCAGCCGUGCAGGCAACUCUUCAUGCCCGUGAUGUUGAUGUCAAGCCACUUGGUCAUGCGGAAUCCAAACAAGGAGAUGUUUCGAUUGCAACUCAGGAGGAUUCCAUCACCAAAGACUUGGAUUGUGCCGACCAACCAAAACGAGCUAGAGUGGACAACAAGGAUGCCGACCCUUCAACGGAAACAUCAACUACCAUCAAUGUCAUUCAAGUUGCGACACCCAAAAGCCCCAGUGUCAUCGUUCCCGCACCACGUCCUGUAAUUCUUUUGAAAAAUCCAUUCAAAGACACGAUAAAACUUUUGAAGGAGAAACACGAAGACUCCGCAGCUCAGAAACAGCUCCAAAUAUUGAAUGAUACUCCUCCUAGCAUGGCCACUUCGAGUCCUUCGACAUCAACAGCAGCUCCAACAGCUCCAGCGCCAAUGCUCAUUGACUCGAUGUCUGAGUCUACUAGCGCUGAUGAUACUACUGCACCUGCCCGCACAUCAAACUUAGAUAUUCUCAUGCCUGUCACCACCACACCUAUUCCUACUACCAUUGUCACCGUGCCUAUUUCUACUGCUGUCACCGGUGUGCCUGUCCCCACCACAUCAAACUCGAAGGAUACUACAACUGCACCUAUGAACACUACCAAUACCAAGAAAUUCUGUCCGGCUACUACCAAGAACGGCAGAAAUCAUUGCACUCAUCGCUGGCUGAAGCAGCUAAUGCCGAACAGAUCCUCGCAAGACUUCAAGGUAUAUUGGGACUCGCUCGAGAAGACCCGUCAAGCGAGCUACGACAUCGAGGCUUCGAGUCUGGUUGCAGACAGUGUGUGGACUGUGAACACAGUCGACAUUCUCGCAAAAUUCUCCAGUGGCACGUUGCAUUAG